AUGAACUCGACAGAGAAGAAGAGCUCACUGACGCUUUGUUUCAGGGCCGUGGAGACUGUGGGCGUCAGGACCAACACUGAAGAGCAUGAAGCAGAUCUGAACCAGAGUUUGGAUCAAGAGACUCUGAAGCAGCGAGCGUUUGAGGAGUACUCUCUCAUCAUGGACUCGCUGGACGCUCAGGACAAGGAGAGAGUACCUCAGGAGGAGGAGAGAGUACCUCAGGAGGAGGAGAGAGUACCUCAGGAGGAGGAGAGAGUACCUCAGGAGGAGGAGAGCGUUCCUCAGGAGGAGGAGAGAGACUACCUGCUCACAGAACUGUUCAAAGACGACCAGAUGUUCCUGGAGUAUCUGGACGAACUCUGCGAAGACGACAACUUUGUCCGAACCGCCGGGUCCCAGCUGAACCUGGACUUCUGGAGCUCCGUCCUGUCCUCAGACCCUGUGGACCCGCUGGAGACGGAGCAGAAGCCCGCGGACUGUUCCGGCGGUAACCAUGACGACGUCUUGGCUGUUGACGACGAGGCCGUGGAGAGACUGCGGCGGGAGGUGGAGCUCGCCAUCGCCUCUCUCCACAACAAAACGCCGACCGAAGAGAACCACGGAGACCAGGACUAUGUGGACCUGCUCUUUCAGACAUCAGAAGCCACGCCUCCUGCUUCCACAGAAUCCAACCCCUUCUCUCUGGUCGGACCUCCGCUGUGUUCGUCGGGCCUCCUGGAGCCGUGCCAGGCCACUCCAGACCACGCUCCGCUCGAUGAAAGCAUCAUCCUCAACUCGUCCUCGGAGUCUCUGGGAUCAGAGGUGUCCGCGGCCGGUCUGGAGGCGCUGGCCGAGGCCUGGCUCAUGGACUCUGCUGACGAGAGCACGGGUCUGGAAGGGGCGGAGCCGGAGCCGUCCACGCCGUCCUCGCUAGCUUACUUAGCUCUGCAGGCUUACGUCUUUCCCCUGACAAUCUCCAACGAAGGCGGAGAAACGGUCGGAGCCGUGGCGGACGAACGCCAAAACGACCUCAAGGACUGGGCUGGGGUUGAAAGUGGUCUCAAGGUCGGUCCCGAGGGCGGUCCCGAGGGCGGUCCCGAGGGCGGUCCCGAGGGCGGUCCCGAGGGCGGUCCGAGCGAGGUUUGUGGACAUCGAGAGACUGAAAUGGACGCUAAGCUAAGCUCCGCGCCAAAGCAGGAUCUUAAAAAGCAGGAUAUUAUGUUAAAACUGGAGCUUGGUGAUGAAAAUCCAGCCACAAAACCAAAAGACAGUGGUGUGGCUGCGAACCAAGAGGCCGGGGACCGUUUAGAAUCUGAGGCCGAUCUAGAAAAGCCAUUGUCAAAACAAGGAAAAAUGCUUCGACAGAUUGUGGAAAUGGAACCGAGGCAACCGACAGACGUUGCUCCUGCUGCAGCUGACCAUGAAGGGGAGGAGCUAACGGAGGCUCGGCGAGGUUUGAGACCAGAACGAGACCGAAGGAGGCCGGAAAGUCUCGAAUGUCCAGAGGCAGAACCAGGUGUCGCUCCAGAUACCAGCUCGAAACCAGACGGCAGUUCAAGAAUAACAGAUGUUCGGUCUGACUCGAAGUGGGAAGGAGAGCGGAAUUUGAGUCCGAACAAGAGAGCGAGAGUCGGGAGCGGACGGUGUUCAGAGAGUCCGGCCAAAAAGACUAAACAAAGAAGCGGCGAGAAACUCUGUGGAGAGAAACUGUUCUGUAUGAAGACGAGAUCGGGAACUCGCAGAGAGACGGGUGAUGUCGCACAUAAAACAGACUCUCAGAAUGUCAAGAAGAGAUAA